AUGGGGGCCCCCCAGACAGAGGCCCCCAGGGGGCCCCCCGAGCCAGAGGCCCCCAGGGGGCCCCCCGAGGCAGAGGCCCCCAGGGGGGGCCCCGAGCCAGGGGCCCCCAGGGGGGCCCCCGAGCCAGGGGCCCCCAGGGGGGCCCGCGAGCCAGGGGCCCCUAGGGGGGCCCCCCAGCCAAGGGCCCCCAGGGGGGCCCCCCAGCCAGGGGCCUCCCCUGGGGGCCCCAGCGAGCAUCUUGCUGGGAGCCCGCUGCUUGCUAUUGUUGCUGCAAGCGAGCAGCUGCAGCAGCAGCUGCAGCAGCAGCAGCAGCAGCAGCAGCAGCAGCAGUUGAGAGGCAACAAAGAAGAAGGAACUGGUGGGGGGCCCCCCGGCCUCAAGGGGGCCCCAGGGGGGCCCCCAGGGGGGCCCCCAGGGGCCCCUAUGCAUUCACCUUUAUAUGUAGUAGAAGCACUGGAGCAGCAAGCAGUUGCUGCGAAGCAGCAGCAGCAGCAACAGCAGCAGCAGCAGCAGCAGCAGCAGCAGGUGGUGAGAGAAGGAAUAAGAGGAGGCCCUGUGUUUGUAUUGGGUAUUGUAUUGGUUGGUGCUGCUGCUGCUGCUGCUGCUGCUGCUGUUCUUGGUGUUUGCUGCCUCACAGCAGCAAAGCGGCGUAGGCGUAAGAGAGCAGCAGCAGCAGCAGCAGUUGCUGCAGCAGCAGCAGCAGCAGCAGCAACAGCAGCAGAAGCAGAAGAUGAGCUCUUCGAUACAAAUGCCUUUCUCUUAGGCCGAUGGGGGUGGACCUCUGCUGCUGCAGCAAGACACUGCAGCAGCAGCAGCAGCAGCAGCAGCAGCAGCAGCAGCAGCAGCAGCAGCAGCAGGUUGAGUGUUCUUGCUGCGCGGGAAGCAGCAGCAAACGACUGUACCACCCCAGCAGCAGCAGAAGCAGCAGCAGCAGCAGCAGCAGCAGCAGCAGCAGCAGCAGCAGCAGCAGCAAAAGGAUUUAUUAAUGAGAAUAGUAGUAUUAUAAUAAAUAAAAAAAAAAAUAAAAAAAUAAACAAAGACAAAGACAAAGAAGAAACCAUAGAAGCAACCACCAUCGAUACCCCCCCUUGUGGAGACAUAACAGACUAUGCAGCAGCGGGAUUGCUGCAGCAGCAGCAGCAGCAGCAGCAGCAGAAGCAGGAGAAGCUGCAGCAGCUGCAGCAGCAGGAUGUGGGUGUCUUGUGGUGCUUUGCCUGCAACGUGCUGCUGCUGCUGCAGCAGCAGCAGCAGCAGCUGCUGCUGCAGCAGCUGCAACUGCUUUUCUGCUGCAGCAGCAGCAGAGCAUCAAGACAACGAAGGAAGCAGCAUAACCAGCAACAGCAGCAGCAGCAGCAGCAGCAGCAGCAGCAGCAGCAGCAGCAGCAGCAGCAAGUUCUGUCUUUAGCAGAGAGCAGCAGCAGCACCACCACCACCACCGCCAGCAGCAGCAGCAGUAGCAGCAGCAGCAUCAGCAGCCACAGCAGCAGCACCAAACCACAACCGCCAUCACCAUCACCAUGCACAGCACCAACAACAACAACAGCAACAGCAACAGCAGCAGCACCAUCACCAGCAGCAGCAGCAAAAGCAGCACCAACAGCAGCAGCAGCAGCAGCAGCAGCAGCAGCAGCAGACCUGUGUAUGAAAGUGUCUCCUUUUGAGGGUCCCCUAAAACAGCAGCAGCAGCAACAAGAACAACAGCACCAUCAGCAGCAGCAGCACCAACAGCAGCAGCACCAACAGCAGCAGCACCAACAGCAGCAGCAGCGGCAGCAACAGCAGCAGCAGCAGCAGCAGCAGCAGCAGCAGCAGCAAACCUCAGCAGCAGCAGCAGCAGCAGCAGCAGCAGCAGCAGCAGCAGCAGAAGCAGCAGCAGAUGAAGCAGAUGUAGAAGCAGCAGUAGGAGCAGCAGCAGCAGCAGCAGCAGCAGAAGCAGCAGUAGGAGUAGCAGUAGCAGCAGGAGCAGCAGGAGGAGGAGGAGGAGCAGCAGCAGCAGCAGCAAAAGCAGCAGCAGCAGCAGCAGCAAAAGCAGCAGCAGCAGCAGCAGCAAAAGCAGAAGCAGGUGAAGAAGCAGACGGGAAAUAA